UGUAAAUUCUUAUUUUAUUAGUUGUAUCUAAACUACAUUAAAUUUAAAUUUACCACUACUAAUGUCAAGAUCAAUUGAACAAGUUGAAGCGCUUGUAUCAAAAGCAGUGAGAUAUGCAAAAUCUGAAAAAGAACUUUCCAUAAAGGGGCUCAAUUUUGGUCGAUGGUGGAAUGAGGUUGGGGAAUAUGAGAAAGCUUCAAAAUGGAUAACUAGAUAUCUUGUUAUUUAUGACAAGGAUGCAAAAGCUCACAAACUACUUGGCGAAAUUUAUGAAAAAUUAGACAGGAGCGAUGCCGCUCUAGCUUGUUACAAAAGCUCACUGCGGGUCAAACCACAGCAGUACGAGCUGAUGUUGAAAGUAGCAGAAAUGCACAUUAAUCCUGGACCAACACAGAAUCCAAACCGAGCACAAGUUUGGUUGGAUAAAGCGGCAGUUGCUUUACCUAAUCAUCCACAAGUCUACAAACUAAAGAUGGAACUAUAUCUUGCACAAGAAGCUCCUUCUUCCAGACUCGAAGAGACUAUUCUUCAAGAACUGAAGAAGCGGCCAAAUGAUCCGUCACUUUAUGUUGAAUACGUUACUUUUUUGAAGAAUCAAGAAAGACUAAAUGAAGCUUUUGCUUUCGUGGAAAAAAUAGAACAUGACUAUUCAAUACCGAAAGUUGUGGAAAAGGAUAUGGAAUGGAACCAAUGUCUGGUUGAUACAUGCAAGGAUUAUGCAGAGCAUAUGAGUGAUGAUGAUGUUACAGAUGAAUCUAUUAAGGCAUAUUCUAUGUUGUUGAUAAGUUUAUGUCGCAAUGUUUGGUUAUGCUUCGAGCAAGAAAAAUACAACGAAGCAUUGGAAUUUCUGGCUUUGUUGGACAAAAGCUUAUUUUCGGUCUCUAACUUGAACCAACAAGAGUCUGACAAUGAUGACUUAGAAUGGGAUGCAAUUAUGAACGAGUCAAAAGGACAACUGUACUGGUUGUCUGCAAUUGCUAUCAUUCAUCAAGCUAUUGAGAGUAAUAUUCAGUGGAAUGAUGCCAUAAAACUCUCUGCAGCUUGCUAUUCUGUCAGUUUAUCAUUUCCCAUUGCCGAUAUUUCUGCGACAUGGGCAUCAUGGUCAAAAGACAACAGCUUCCCAGGGAAAUUAAAAACUAUGAGUGGAUUCCGGUUAAGUCAGUGUGCCUACAUGAUGUAUAACCUUACUUCUGUGUCACAUACUGAUUGUACUCGAGAGAACGAAAUUAAUGAAAGAGAAUGGCUGAGAGAAGUUACUGAUAAUUAUUGUACCGAGGAGGGCAGAGUCAAAGUCUUCCAAUGUCUGUUUGGUCAAAACUCUAAUCCAGAAACUUCAAUGAUUUAUUCUGAUGAGACAUUUCCAGGAAUUGCAUGUGAGCUCAUAUCAGAAGAUGUGCUUGGAGAAUAUGAUAUAAGUGCCGCAAUUGGUGGUGAUCUUCAGACAUGGGUAUGGAUGGGAUUGCAAUGGAAACAAAAUUUUGAUAAUUCUUUCGAUCCAUUUUCUUGGAUAUCAGCUACAUUUUCUGACUUACAACUUGCACCUUCCAGCAUUGCUAAAUAUGGGAAUAUCUGGAAUCUUUUUCGAUUGGAUGUGGAAGCAUUUGUAGUAGCUUGUGUGUUAUAUGCAGAAAAGGCAGGAAAACUAUGGAGUGGAAUCAGAGGAAGGAAUGAUGACGAUGCUCUUGGAAUGAAUCGCCUUCCUUUGCCACUGUGCAAGAAAUUAGUAACUGGAAAUCAGUUGAACUGGUGGGAUGCAGUAUGCAAGUUACACAAUAAAAGAAACACAGAAAGAAUAUUUAAUACCAACCAAAUUAAGGCUACAUUACGGCAUGGACUUGAAGCUAUUCGUGGUUCUGGAAAUCAUGGAUUACAAUUAUUACUCAUCGCUUCACUGGCUAAGCAUUUCGCAGCUAAGGCUUGCUCCAUUGACAAGAGUGGUAUGGGAACAUCGUCAAUACCUUGGUUAGCAUACCAGAGUCGUGCUGCUCAUUAUUGGAUGUUGGCUUUACCUUUAUUACAAACUGCGGCAUCUAAUCGGAUCAGACGUCAAACUGAACCUAUAGAUAGAUUGUUUCCUAACACAUUGAAUGAUCCAACUGUACAAGAGGCACGAGGGUUCAUAUCUGAGGUAUACAUGUGUAACGGAAGUCUUCUAGUACAAGAAGGAGAUUUGAAACGUGCUUUGGAUAUGUAUGGAAAAGCUGAAACACCACAUGCAUCAUUUUGUGAAGCUCUGAUUUACAAGCAACUAUUGGAAAAUUGUGACAAGGAAGAUUCAAUUACUACUAGUGGAAACAGGAGACGCGAUACGUAUCGAAGAAAGUACAUUGCUCGGCUAGAAAUAACACUAAACCGCCUUCAACGGGAUCCUGAUGAAGAACUUUCUCGAAGAACUGAAACUUUACUUCAUGAAUGCGUAUCCCCGUCAUCAAGUCGUACUUUCAAACAGGAAGGCGAAACGAAACGAUUGUUUGAGGAAACAAUGUCAAGAAACUUGCCUCAUAUUGCUAAUCACACUGUCAAUUCAGAAGUUGAUGUUUCUGUUUUACCAACUAUACCGAGCAAACAAUCAACACCGAAGAAUGAAGCUCGGCCUGUUGAACCUAUUGAUUCAGAUAAAAAUGGGAUGAUGACUCAGCUCACACAAAACAUGUGUACAUUGGCUACUGCUAUGUCUUCACUUCAACUACAAUUUAAUGAAAAUAUGAAUAAAAUGGAACAAAACAAAAGUCAAAAACAGACUCGAUCGGGAACAGAGGAAAAGAAAGAAGUAGUUUUGGAAUCAGUUGUUCAGCAACUUGCUAAAUUAACGACACUUGUCUCUGAACUGCAAGAGAAAAAAGAAGUUGCAGAAUCGGUGAAAUACCAGAAACAGCAAGAGGCCAUGCAACUACAGUUGCAGCAAUUGCAAGAUCAAGUCAAUCGGUCACAAUUUGGUACACCAGUUGCACCAGGAAGAGUUGUUCACUUGACUCAAUCGGAAGGACAGAUGCCAGGCAGUCCGAUGCACCAGGUAUAUGAUCCUCAUUCUUACCAGCAAGCUGCGCUUGGACAAAUCAGCAGCCCAAUGCAAUCUGGCAAUCCAUACUACAAUAUGCUUUCAUACCAACAAGGAUAUCCACCACAGAGCCCAGCUCUUGCUGCAAUGUAUGCUCAACAGGGAUAUAUUCUUCCUCAGUCACAGUAUGGCCCGAGAAUGCCGCAGCAGGUAUUGGAUAACCAUGGAAUGCCUAGCCCAUCUCAUACACCACCUACACAUGUUGGCAGGCCUCAGGUUCCUCCAUCAAAUGCUGAAUUAUCAAUUACAAAAGAAGGCGCCGAUGCUCUUUCCAUUCGAUUCCAAGCUUCACUGAGUGGAAGUGCUUCACCAACUAGCAUGAGUAGAGGAGGUGGUGUUCAAUCACCAGCACUUUCAAGAAGUGGACAACCAGCACAAUCACAAUCUGCUUUCACAACAUUAGGUUUCAACCAACGAGAUAUGCCAAGUGGCUCAGCUUCACCAUUUCAACAAGUACGUUUACCACAAAGUAGCAGCGAACCAAUUCUCGGAGAUCAACAACAACAACAAGAUUUUGCUGAUCAUCAGUUUGGCCAUAAUACACAAUUUCCUGGUGCCAGAACUCAACCUCAACAAUAUGAAUCUGAUUAUUCGGUAUUACAAAAUAUGCCGAACCUUACUGCUCACAGAUACCAACAAAACAUUGGUCUGGAUGAAAGCUAUUUGCCUCCUAAUGUACAAAAUUCUGUGCAGCCAGUGACUCAACUCGGUGAACCAUCAGUGCUUAGGAAAAUUCUGUCCAAUGAUGGAAGCUCAGCUUUCCAACCAGCACCACCUGAGUUGCAACGUCGUCCUGAAAUUAAUUAUCCGGAACACAUCAAUUUUCCUGAAAAUAAGAAUCAAACUGCUCCAUCUACCACAUGGAAUUAUAAAUUUCAAACUCCAGAAGAAAUGGAUAAAGCAAAUGAUAAACUAAAAGCAGAUGAAGAGGCAGAAGAUGCAAACACAUCCCAGAACGACACUGGUCCUCACUUUGAACCAAUUGUGAGAUUGUCUGAAGUUGAGGUACGUACUGGUGAGGAGGAUGAGGAAGCUGUUUUCUCUGAAAGUGCAAAAUUGUAUAGAUGGACUGAAGGACAAUGGAAGGAAAGAGGAGUUGGUGUGAUGAAGAUAUUAAAACAUAAAGAAACUGGAAAAUACAGAAUUCUUAUGAGACGGGAUCAGAUUCUAAAAAUAUGCUGUAAUCACUUAAUUGGAAAAGAUCUGGAGUUACAAGCGAUGCCUAAAUCAGAUAAAGCAUGGAUAUGGCAUGCAUUGGAUUUUUCUGAGGAGGAAAGCAAACAGGAAGGAUUUGCUAUUCGAUUCAAAACUCCUGAACUUGCGAAUUCAUUCAAAGAAAAGUUUACAGAAGGAAAGGAAAUUAAUAUUAAACUCAGUGGAGGUACACCUGUACGUGCGUCUACAACUGCAAAAGUAACUUCACACAAACCUGCAUCUACUGUGGAUACUUUGCCUAAAACUACAAACUCGAUAGUGGCACAAGGAGAGACCAAAUCUUCUACCAGUGAUGUAACAAUCCCAAAAUUUUCUUUUGCUUUUCCAAAACCAUCAGCAGCAGCUGCUAACCUUGCAGCAAAGAUCGCGGGUUCGCCACAGAAGUUGGUUUCCACUGCUGGUCAAGAAACGAAACCAGAAAGUUCAAAUAAUGAUGGCGAUCAGAAUGAAGACAUACAUAAUGAAUCUGGAGAUGGUCCUCAUUUUGAACCGAUUGUUAAACUUCCUGAUAAAGUCGAAACUAAAACAGGAGAAGAAGAUGAACAGGUUCUUUAUUGUCAUCGUGUGAAGUUAUAUAAAUACACUGACAAACAAUGGAAAGAAAAAGGAAUUGGUGAAAUGAAAAUUUUACACAAUGCUGGCACAAAGAAAAGUAGAAUUGUAAUGCGAAGAGACCAGGUUUUGAAGCUAUGUGCAAACCAUUACAUUAUUCCUGAAAUGAAGUUCUCACAUCUUGGAAAUUCUGAUAAAGCAUGGACUUGGACUGCUGUUGAUCAUUCUGAUCCAGAUGUUGAACCUAAACCAGAAGUACUCGCUGUUCGAUUUAAAACUGCUGAAGAGGCUUCUGACUUUGUGAAGGUUGUUAAUCAAGCAAAAGAUAUAUUGCAAGGAAAAGAUGUCUCUUCAUUGACAACUACUGUUUCUUUCAUCAAGUUAUCAACCCAAACUACUGCUACGACAUCAUCUUUCAAAUUAUCAACUGUAUCUACAACUACCAGCCAGACCACGCCACAAAGUAUUGCCCAAACACAAGUCUCUUCCACAAAAGGAAUGUUGGUAGUUGAUAAGAAGGCUGGAGCUUGGAAUUGUUCGGGAUGUUAUGCUUUGAAUGAACCUACCGAUUCAAAAUGCCCAUGCUGUGGUGUGCCUAAUCCAUCGGCACCCAAAGUUGAGGAAACAAAGCCUUCUGCAUCAACAUUUGCAUUUGGCAUCUCUUCAAAACCAACUGGAUUUUCCUUUGGGAUUCCUUCCACGAAUGCAAGCGUAUCGAAACCAAUAUUUGGAAAUCAGCAGCCUGUGCAAUCGAAUUCAGCAACAAUAAGUUUUGGUUCAACUGGUUUUACUUUUGGACAAAACAAGUCAACUUCUGCGACUACUGUGUCUACUACUUCAGUAUUCAGCGUACAAACUUCAGAAAAAUCUGAUACAGCCAGUACAGCAGCUACCAUCCCUGAACCAUCGGUUUCACAAGUAUCAACUACUGGUGUACUGAGGGUCACCAAAAAGGUCGGCAGUUGGAGAUGUGAAUCUUGUUAUGUGGAAAAUGAACAAGACAAUGCAGUUUGCCAAUGUUGUGGGCAAGCAAAUCCGAAUGCCACACAAGCACCAGCUGGAGAAGCAAAGCCUGGAUUGUUUGACAUGAAUACAAACCAGGGCAGUAAAUUCUCAUUUGGAAUUUCUAGUCAACCAACAGUAUUUUCUACAAAGACUUCUUCCAGCAUAGUGUCUCCACCAAAAUUCAUGUUUGGGAAAUCUGAUGCAUCUUCAUCCUUCGGGUUUAAUCAACAACAACAAACCAGCAAUUUAUUUUCUAAUCUGAGUUCAACAGCACCAAAAUCUACUUCAUCUACCACUGGACAAUUACCAAAACCAAGAUUUCCAAGUGUCGGUGAUGAGGAAGAUAGCGAUGAGGAUGAAGAUGAUGAAGAUUACACUGAUGAUUCUUCUGAGAAUUUAAGCUGUGAGGAUCGUGAUAAUGCUUACAAUGAAAGGUACAGAUCCCCUCUCAAUCGCCAAGAACAGCAGCACCAAAAGGAAGAAGAAAGUGAUAGUGAUGUGAUUUGUAUCGGGGAGAUUCUUCCAUCUGAAGAACUUCAGAAAAAGGCUGAAAAUCUCAUGUUACCGAAACAUUUUUAUAAUUUUCUUAAAGAAGGAGAAGAAAAUGAAACUGGGGAUGAUUCAGAAACAGGAGAUGAAAAGUCUCAACCAAAAGGAAAAGAAAAGUCAUCAAUCUUUCAAGCACUCACCACUUCUGUGUCAACUACGACUACUGAUAAGUCAACAUUUGGAUUCUCUGCUGGUGCAACAUCAUUUGGUGAUUUGAUUAAAUCUAACACAGGUGAUGGAUUCGCUUUCGGUAAUAAGUCAGGUGGAUGGAUAGGAAUGCCAGAGCAAAAGCCAUUGUUUGCCAGCCUGACUCAAGGUGGUGAUGAUGACGACGGAACACACCCAAGUGAAGAAAAUGCUGAUAUUCAUUUUGAACCGAUAGCAAGACUCCCUGAAAAAGUUGAAAUAAUUACAGGAGAAGAAGAUGAAGAAGAAUUAUAUUCACAACGAUGCAAAUUAUAUAGAUUUAAUAAACCAACUAAUGAAUGGAAAGAAAGAGGCACUGGGGAAAUAAAAUUGAAGAGACACAAUAAAAAUGGUCGUAUAAGAAUUGUCAUGAGACGAGAGCAAAUCUUUAAGGUCUGUGCGAAUCAUUAUAUUCGACCAGGCAUGACGAUGGAUAAAAGCAAGACCUCUGACAGAGCAUGGACUUGGACGGCAAUGGAUUUUGCUGACAAUGAAGAACCAACUAUGGAGAUAUUUACUGUCAGAUUUAAAAAUACAGAUCAAGCUGAGGAAUUCAAAGCAAAAUUUGAUGAAUGUCAAAUGAUGUUAUUAGAUGUGGAUCCUAUGACACCAUGCAAAGCGAGUUCAAUGAGAAGUAAAGAACUGUCGGACAAAGCAGAAAAAAUGAAAAAUGAGUUGAAAUUUUUCAAGGACAAGUUUUCCGAACAAACAAAUAUCCAGAAAGAGAACAGUGAGUCUAGCCCAACUGAAUCUGGACCUUUGAUGGUUGGAUCCCUCACUCCACUUGUUCAACAGCACACUCAAAGUUUGAGAGAAAAGUCUGAAGAUAUUGUCAAGAGAUCUGAUGACUCAAUACUAGACACACCACGCAAGAAAACUGAAAACUCCUUUGCAUCACGAGGCAAUAAAUUUUCAUUCCAACCUAAAGCUGAUAAUAAUCAACAAACUCCCAGCAGACAACACACUACAAGUGCUGGUUCUGAUGAUCCGCAGGCUGAAACUGAUAUUCAAUUUGAACCAAUUUAUCAACUACCUGAUCAUGUGGAAAUAAUUACUGGAGAAGAAGAUGAACAAAUCCUGUUCGGAAAUCGAGCAAAAUUAUACAUGUUUCAUAAGGAGGCAAAACAAUGGAAAGAACGAGGUGUUGGAGACAUUAAAAUUUUACAACAUCUUUCAAGUUUCAAAGUUCGAGUUUUAAUGAGAAGAGAACAGGUCUUGAAAGUUUGCUUGAAUCAUUAUGUUCAACCUGAAAUCAAACUUAGUUUUAAAGAACAGACGUCGGCUAAAACUUUGCUGUGGACAGCAACAGAUUUUUCUGAUUCUGAAAAACCGGCUGGAGAGACGCUUCAAUUUGCACUACGAUUCAAAAAUCCUGAUACUGCGUCUGCGUUCAAAAACUUAUGGAAAGAAGGUGCAGAGGCAGCAGUUGCAGAAACAUUACUUGAACCUGACGAAUCCGCUAUCAAUACUUCAACUAUAAAACCCGGUGUUACCAGCCCUGGUGCUGUGGCCAAUAGCCCACAAAGUCCAGUUGAUCAGCCAAAGCCUACAUUUAGCUUUGCAAAUGUUCCAAGUCCAUUUGACGCAGCUAAAAAUGCUGAUGAAGGACCACAUAAAGUUAUGGGUUUUGUGUUCGGUAAAAGCACCCAGUCAGAAUCAACUCCGACCACUGAUAAGUUUAAAUUUGAUGUUUCAAAGAUGUCUUUUAACUUAGGUUCAACAAGCACACCACAGAUGGGUAGUAUCAGUACACCAUCAGCGAAUUUCUUUACCCCACCUCAGAAUAUGGCAGAGCCUAGAACUGGAGCAGUCACGAAGUCUUUAUUCUCUGAAGAUUCUGCAUCGGAUAGUACAGUUAAUAGCAAUUUAUAUGUAACAUCGAGUGAUACUUUCAGUCAAGCUGAUCAGUCAACUGUGAUAUCCAAUAAUGAGAGUCCAACGGUACAAUCAGUAGCCAAAGAAUCUUCUCCUGCUGAACAACAGACAUUCACAACAACAGGAAAAGGUUAUAAACCUUCUCCAUUAGCGGCAAAUUUUUCGAACCAAGGAACAGUUUCAGUUCAGAGCGGAAACAAGUUCCAGUUCAAGCCUGUUGUUGGUGAAAUUGCACAAAAAACUACAGACAUCUCAGGGGAAAAGAAGGCUGAAAACGAUAAUGAUGAUGAUGAUGAUGAUGAUGUAAUUUUUGUUUCGGAAGCAAAACCAACUGAAGAUCAACGUAGAAGAGCUGAAAAAUUGAUGCUUCCUUCAACUUUCUUUUUAUAUGAAAAUAAAACCCUUCCAUUAGGAUUUAAUGAGAAGUUGGAAGAAGAAAAAGAAGAUGGAAUUCUUCAAUUCAUUGAAGAUCGAGAUAGCGGAAAGUUAUCAGCUAAAACUGGGCAAAAAACAAAUAAAGCAGAAUUGUCCGAAUUGGAUUCCAUCGAGAAGAAUACUGAGCCAAGACCUGCUGUUGUCACUUUAAAUGGUGGUCAAACCAAUGCUGAUGUUGGACAGCAAUCCAUAUUUGCUGGCGCAAUGUUAAAUCUUGCAAGCAGUGGCGGAUUUGCUUCAUUCGCCGAUAUGGCUUCUGGUGUUCAGAAUGUUGGAUUUAAAAAAGAUCCUUCUUUUCAGUUCCCUGGCGCAGGGCAAGUAAUGUUUCAGCAGCAAAACACAAAUGAAAAUUUUGAUCAGGAUCCAAGUUCUUAUGCACCUGACACACAAUUCAAACCUGUAUUGGAUAAACUUCCACCCUUGGUUGAAAAGAAUACUGGCGAAGAAGGAGAAGAGAUUUUGUUCAAAGAAAGAUGUCGAUUAUAUCGGUACGAUAAAGAUACGAAUCAAUGGAAAGAGAGAGGAGUUGGUGACAUAAAAAUUCUAUUCAAUGAUAUACAGAAUAUGUAUCGUGUGGUUAUGAGAAGAGAACAGGUUUUAAAAGUUUGUGCCAAUCAUGUAAUCAAUGAAAAAACAGAACCAAAGUAUCAUUUGGGAUCUUCAAAAACUUGUUCAUAUUUUACCUUGGAUUAUACAGCUGGACCGACACCUACACCGGAGCAAUUUGCGUUCAGAUUCAAAACAGAAGAUAUGUGUAAAACCUACAUGAACAAAAUUGAAGAAGUUAAAGAACUACAACAAAACGAAUCUUCUUGUUAGCUUAUAUUUCCUAGUGCUAUCAAGUAUUUUCUCAUGGCAUUGUUUCAUACCUGGUGCUUUUCCUUUCAUGCGAAAUGUGACUAUACUUUGCCUAAUAUCACAUUGAUUACAUGUUCACGACAAUUUUUGCCUAAUUUUACUACCAAUCAAAGUAGUCAAGUGGAAGGAUUAUUAUAAUGAUCGUGGAUGAAAAGAUGCUCAUCACCACUUAAUUGUACAUUAUGGUCUACGUUUCGAUAUUUUCUAGUGUUUAUUUUGAAAAUACAAUCACCUGUACCAA